AUGAAGAAGCAGAAGUGGAUGCGACACGGCCACAAGACGCGGACGGCCAGCAUGAGGAAUGGAUGCUCCCUUCGUGGCCGCCACAACCUUGGCAUGGAGCCACGGCCGGAUCCCACUGCUCUGGGUGUGUGGCUAGUGCUGUACUGCAUGCAUGUGGAGCGCUCUGGGGAGAAUUGUACAGUGCACACCAACGAGGCUGGCGACGACAUCAUCAUGAUGUGCAAUGACUGCAUUCAUGCCUUGGAAUGCGGACGCAUCCCGGAGGCUGCUCUCGCACGCUAUGAUGGUGGAGACGUGCCGGAAAUCAAUCAGGAUGGGCAGCAUCUGGAGUGGCCUACCGUGCUGGAAGCCAACAUACUGGGGCUGGGCCAUGUGCAGCAGCAGAUCUACACGCUUAAGGUUAAGAACCGGCCGCCUGACUUGCAGCCCAUCACCGUCACAAUGCACAAGAUAGCCAUGGCGAACCCAUCACUCGAUCAGUGGGUGGACACCAUCCCAUGCUCUGCUGUGUCGUUGCCGGAGAACAUCACCGUCCUCUGCAUGGAUGUCGUCAGCAGCAAGGAGGAGCUGCUAGAAAAGCUCAAGAGCACCAAGGUGUUGUCCAUCCGAGCAGCUAAUAUUGUGGCCUGGGUCAACUACCUCAGCAACCUCACCUCCGAGAGGCAUAUCGAUGACCAAGCGAUGAAGGAGUGGCAGGCAAUGGACCCAGAGUGUGAUGAUGCACGAAACCCGGUGGAGCUACACCGUGAGCUGACAGCGGAACACCGGCUGGUCUUUGCGUCUGGGGGCCGUGGUUCUAAGAUCCUGGACUACUCCCGGGAAGAUGUGCUUGCCAGCAACUUCCCCACCGCAUUUCUGUACACAAAGGGCGGCCUCCGUCCCCUGGGUAUGAGCAACCGGACCUUCUUCCAGCAUGUGUCUACGCGUGUGCCACAGCAGCAGCUCAGCGGCAACCUCCUCAUGCUCGCCCGCAUGGUGGACGUGCUCAACAUGGAGGACGCAAAAGUGCAGACAUGGGUUACAGUGAAGUGCUGCCAGCAGGACAUCGACACGGUGGGCGCCAUCCCGCGAGAGGCUGUCAAAGCGAUGGCGGACAUCCUGGCAUUGCCGAAGAUGCACCCGGAUCGCCGCCACCUGCUCCAAGACAUGUCACCUCUCGUGCACACCCUCGUCACCUCUCUUCGGCGAACAGUCGCACGCAUCGACAUGACAGAUGCAUAUUACCACAACAUGCACGCCAAUCUACGUGUGCGGCUGCAGUCGUGGCCGCUGGGCAGUUUCUGGAAUUUGCUCGCCUUUAUGGACAUCCUUUUUGGUUUCAAACCUGGCGACAAGCGGCAGAGCAACCCCGACUGCUUCUGUGGCACCGUGUUCCACAUCUGCAUCUGUUACAUGGCGGCCCGCGGUGAGGAACUGCAUCUCUUCGCAGUGCCCUGCAUGAUGGCUGACUUUUGCAAUGCAACGCUCCGGUGCUGCUAUACUACACAUUCCUAA